AUGGGUCUGGUUCUGUGGCAUUGGUUUUUGCUCUUGUUCACUUUGGUAUCAUCGUCCUGGAGUUUAAAUUCAGACGCUCUAGCUCUUCUUGCUCUGUCCAAAAAUCUCAUAUUGCCGAGUUCCAUAAGCUCUAGCUGGAAUGCUUCUGAUAGAACUCCAUGUGAAUGGCGUGGAGUUCUAUGUGAUAGAAAUACUAAUGUGUUCUCUCUUGACCUAUCAUCUUCUGGAGUUUCUGGUUCACUGGGACCUGAAAUAGGACUAUUAAAGUACCUAGUAGUCCUCACUUUGCUAAAUAACAGCAUAUCAGGUGCAAUCCCUCCAGAAUUGGGCAAUUGUAGCAUCAUGCUUGAUCAAUUGGAUCUUUCUGACAACUCUCUUUCUGGCGAAAUACCAGAAUCCCUCGGCAACCUAAAGAAACUGUCAUGGCUCGCCUUGUACAGUAACUCCCUCGAUGGGGAAAUACCUGAAUGGUUGUUCAAGAAUCAGUUUCUGCAGGACGUGUACCUCCAUCAGAAUAAUCUCAGCGGUCAUAUCCCUUCGUCAGUUGGUCAAAUGACAAGUCUUAGAAGCUUAUGGUUGCAUGAAAAUGGAUUAUCUGGAGUUCUGCCAGAUUCAAUUGGAAACUGCACCAAGUUGGAGGAGCUCUAUCUACUAGAUAAUCAGUUGAGCGGGAGUCUUCCAAAAUCCUUGAGCCUUGCUAGUGGACUGAAGGUUCUAGAUGCCACUGGAAAUAGCUUAACUGGAGAGAUUGAUUUUCAUUUUGAGAACUGUAAGUUGGAGAUAUUCAUAUUGUCGUUUAAUAAUCAGCUAAGGGGCGAAAUUCCAUCAUGGCUAGAGAAUUGUAGUAGCUUGACUGAAUUUGCACUUGUCAACAAUAGUUUCUCCGGCCACAUUCCAGCUUCUCUCGGCUUACUGAGCAACCUCACCUAUCUCUUGCUUUCACAGAACUCUUUGUCUGGCGCGAUUCCUCCUGAGAUUGGUAACUGUCGGUCGCUGCUGUGGCUAGAGUUGGAUACAAACAUGCUGGUCGGUAGUGUUCCUAAAGAGCUGGCUAAUCUGAGAAAAUUGCAGAAACUUUUUCUGUUCAGUAAUUUCUUAUCUGGAGUCAUACCAGCGGAUUUGGGUGUGAAUAGCCGUUUACUCCACAUUGAUUUCAGCAACAACAGUUUUACAGGUGGAAUACCACCAUACAUUUGUUCAGGUAAAAGACUGAAAGUGUUGCACCUGGGUUUUAAUCUUCUCACUGGUAGCAUCCCAUCCGAUGUUGCGGACUGCCCAAGUUUGGAACGACUUAUGCUCCAAAACAAUUAUCUUACUGGGCCCAUUCCAUGAUUGUUGAAGUCAAUGAAGAAGUUUGGUCUUAUUUUGGAAGUCGGAAAUGUGUGAGA